CAUCCUUUCAAACAGCAGGGGCUGUGUGCUUUCCACAUAGCAGUACAGUACAAGGAAAACCCCAUCGGAUCAGUUAUUGCAGGAUACUUGUGAAAUAUACAUAGGAUUCUUUCUUUCUUAUAGCUGCAUCCUGGAUCUGGAAAUUUUGCAUGUGCAGCAAGAGGCUUUGAAAGGCUACCACGCACAGAGAUUUGCCAUCAAGACUCCUUUUCUUGUCCUAGAGCUCUCAGACUUGUGUGGUUCUCAGUCUUCUCCUCUCCCUUUCCUUCCCCUUCUCCCCCUCCCCCGCCUUUUUUUUAAUUAAUUUCUGCUUUACACCUGGAUCUUAUCUUCCGCGAGCAAACUGGGCACUUUCAGAACUAACGGGGGCGAAUCUUGCAGGGAAUCUAAGUCUAUAUGGAAUUAUCUGCUUUGAUGGUGAACUUGGCACUUGUGAAUGGGCUUCUGGUUCGAAUUAUUAAUUGCUAGCAAAAAAGAGAAGUAAAAACGUGGAUUCACCGAAUACGCAUUGUGAUGACCAGCAAUUACCUUAUUGACUGAUACCAAGAUCAGAAUAUUUUGGAAGACUGUUGUGGGGAGCAGCCUUUAAGAGCUGGAAGAUGAAAGCUCCUAUUCCACACUUGAUUCUCUUGUAUGCUACUCUUACUCAGAGCUUGAAGGUUGUGACCAAAAGGGGCUCAGCUGAUGGAUGCACUGACUGGUCGGUGGAUUACAAGAAGUAUCAAGUUCUAGUGGGAGAACCUGUUCGUAUAAAAUGUGCAUUAUUUUAUGGCUAUAUCAGAGCAAAUUACUCUCUAGCACAAAGUGCUGGCCUUAGUUUGAUGUGGUACAAAAGCUCUGGACCUGGAGAUUUUGAGGAACCUAUAGCUUUUGAUGGAACUAGAAUGAGUAAAGAAGAGGAUUCUAUUUGGUUUCGGCCAACUGUGGUGCAAGACAGCGGUCUUUAUGCAUGUGUUAUAAGAAACUCUACUUACUGUAUGAAAGUAUCUAUCUCACUGACAGUGGGUGAAAAUGACACUGGACUCUGCUACAAUUCAAAGAUGAAGUACUUUGAAAAAGCUGAACUUAGCAAAAGCAAGGAAAUUUCAUGCCCUGACAUAGAGGAUUUUUUAAUUCCCUAUAGAGAGCCUGAAAUCCUGUGGUAUAAGGAAUGCAAGGCAAAAACAUGGAGACCAAGUAUUGUGUUCAAAAAGGACACACUCAUCAUCCGGGAAGUUAGAGAAGAUGACAUUGGAAAUUACACUUGUGAGUUAAAAUAUGGAAUCUUUGUUGUCAGAAGAACUACAGAAUUAACAGUUACAGCACCACUAACAGAUAAACCACCAAAGCUUUUGCACCCUUUGGAAAGUAAGCUGAUGAUUCAGGAGACCCAGCUAGGCAAUUCUGCUAACCUAACCUGCCGAGCUUUCUUUGGAUACAGUGGAGAUGUCAGUCCUUUAAUUUACUGGAUGAAAGGAGAGAAGUUUAUUGAAGAUUUGGAUGAAAAUCGGGUCUGGGAAAGCGAUAUUAGAGUUAUUAAGGAACAUCUUGGAGAACAGGAAGUUUCCAUCUCAUUAAUUCUUGACUCGGUGGAAGAAGGGGACCUAGGAAAUUACUCAUGUUAUGUUGAAAAUGGAAAUGGACGCAGACAUGCCAGCAUUCUUCUACAUAAGAGGGAGCUGAUGUAUACAGUUGAGCUUGCUGGUGGGCUUGGUGCUAUUCUGCUGCUGCUUGUUUGUUUAGUGACUAUCUACAAGUGUUACAAGAUUGAGAUUAUGCUCUUCUACAGGAAUCAUUUUGGAGCUGAAGAACUAGAUGGAGACAACAAAGAUUAUGAUGCAUAUCUAUCCUAUACCAAAGUGGAUCCAGACCAGUGGAAUCAAGAAACUGGGGAAGAAGAACGAUUUGCUCUUGAGAUCCUACCAGAUAUGCUUGAAAAGCAUUAUGGGUACAAAUUGUUCAUACCAGAUAGAGAUUUGAUUCCCACUGGAACCUACAUUGAAGAUGUGGCAAGAUGUGUAGACCAAAGCAAGCGACUGAUCAUCGUCAUGACUCCAAAUUAUGUAGUAAGGAGAGGCUGGAGUAUCUUCGAACUGGAAACCAGGCUUCGGAACAUGCUAGUCACUGGAGAAAUUAAAGUGAUACUGAUUGAAUGCAGUGAACUCCGGGGAAUUAUGAACUACCAGGAGGUCGAGGCCCUGAAACAUACCAUCAAGCUUCUAACUGUCAUUAAGUGGCAUGGACCAAAAUGCAACAAGUUGAAUUCUAAAUUCUGGAAACGUUUACAGUACGAAAUGCCUUUUAAGAGGAUAGAACCCAUCACACAUGAGCAGGUUUUAGAUGUCAGUGAGCAGGGGCCCUUUGGGGAACUGCAGACGGUCUCAGCAAUUUCAAUGGCUGCUGCCACCUCCACUGCUCUUGCCACUGCCCAUCCAGAUCUGCGCUCCACCUUUCAUAAUACGUAUCAUUCACAGAUGCGCCAGAAACACUAUUAUAGAAGCUAUGAAUACGAUGUACCUCCUACUGGCACCCUGCCUCUUACCUCAAUAGGUAACCAGCAUACCUACUGCAACAUCCCUAUGACACUUAUCAAUGGGCAGCGGCCGCAGACAAAAACUAACAGAGAGCAGAAUCCAGAUGAGGCUCACACAAACAGUGCAAUACUGCCCCUCUUGCCACGGGAGACCAGUAUAUCAAGUGUUAUUUGGUGACAGAAAUGCAAAGGGGGACCCCACCCCCCUGGAGUAGGAGCUAAGUGUGCAGUCUGGUGCCUGGAACUACAUCCUCGACUGCUGCUGUUAAACAUGCAUUACAAUCUAUAAAAUACGAGGAAAAACAGGGUCUUGUACAUAUGUUUUUUGCAGUUUCUUUGUAGCAUCAGUCUUCCUGUUUUACCCAUGUCUCUUGCCAUUCACAUUUUUGACUUUGUUUUAUACGUCACUGGAAUUUGUAUAUUACGGUUUUUUUAAAUGAAGAGACUGCUGUAUAGAUAGGAAAUCUUUUUUGCUCCAUUAGUAUAGUUUUCGAAAUUUUUUAAACAUUUCUUGGGAAUGCUUGGACGAAGCUAUGUUAAUAUCAGAAGCACCAUCCAUUUUGUUGGCCUGCCUAGCCUGAUACAUGAAGGCCAUGCCUGCUGCAUUUCACCAUUGUGAAGAACCUUUGUUCUUAGGAGGACCCCGCCAAUCAUUCUGAGCUCCAAUUUCAUUACUUAUCCCAUGACAACACUUUUUCCUCCCGCCUCCCGUUAUGAUGGUUCCAUGCUGGGUAACACUACAGACAGUCUGAUCAUCUAACAUUUAACCCAGUAAAUGCUUGUCAGACAAGAUAUACCCAAUAUGUAUCAAUUGCCUCACAGUAAUCACUACAGAGUGUGUAGAAAGUAGAGUUUGUUUUUGUUUUAUGAUGAGUUGAUUUGUAUCCCUUUUAUUUAUAUAAAGCAACAAUCCUAAUUCGAUCACUUCUGGAACAGUGUGAAUGUGUGAAUGCUUGUUUUUGUUAAGCCUUUGACUUUUUCUUCCCCUCCCCCUUCAAAUUCUGCAAAUGAGGCUAUUUGCAAUUGUCAAACAAGUAAGGUAAUAGGUAAGGUAAUCGGUGUUGAAGUGCAGUAAAUCCUGCUGAGAUUUACAAGGAUGGCUUCCAAACCAAAGGGGAGUAGAAGGACAAAUAUCAACUAUGGUUUGUCACAUUGUAUUAUAGAAAAUGGAUUUUUCUAAAAAGUCAGAGCAAAACAUUUCUUUCCAGCUUAGUAUGGAUUCCCCUUGUAUUUGAAUGUUCCAAUCACUGUAAUUACUUUAUCAAUGAUAUAGUCACAUUUGAGUAUUUUUAUAUUUUGUUUUAACUUGUUACAAUAAGUAAAACCUUAUUGAUUUCAAGGUGAUUUAAAUGAGAACUCAGGUAGCAAAAAAAGAAAUUAUGAAUACCAACGAACAUCAGUGUUGUAAGAAUAAACAUUUAUUUAUACAAUAUUAAUACUGAAAUUGGACAUGGAAGCAUUAAAAACCAUUAAGUUUAUUGAAUAAAUAAACAAACUAGUUUAGUUUUUAAUGCAUGAUUCCAUCUUUGAGGAUUGCAGAUUACAUGUGUGCCAUUGCUCCCAGAUUAAAAAAAAAAAAUCCCUGUUCUGAUAUCUCUAGAACUAAUGGAAUAAAGAUCUUGUCCAUAUUUAUAUUCAAAUGAUGCAAAAGUCACUUUCCAUUUUAGAAAAUUUAAAGAGUGGAGUUAGAUUUUUUUUCUUUUAAAAGGCCAUAUUCUCUGCUGGUGUAAAUGGAACUAGUGGAGGUGGCCCAAUGACCAUCAGCAGAGGAUUAGCCCUCUUUUUUUUUUUUUUUUAAAUA